CGCGUACCCUCGCGUACUCUCGCGAACCAUAAAGAAGUGCAAUUAAUUUACAACACCUAUAAAGUGAUGACAUUUGUUUAUCUAUAAAGUGCAGUGUUGUUGUGUACACGUGUUGCAGAUUCAUGGAUCAAUGCCAGCUGACUACACUAUGGAUAUAAAAUACUGAUCUCAUCAAGAUGGUGUAAAGAAAAUUCUUUGAAGCAUCUGCACGACGUUGCCUAAACGGCAUAUUGCGAGUAAGGCUCGGGCGCGGCUUCCACGCGGUCGACCUUACUAAACAGGUGAGGCGGCGAGCGCCACACAGAACAUGAUACUAAGGCUGCCGUGCCCGUUCACACAGACGUCGCUAGCGAGUUUAAGACAAGCGCCCGCCUCCGGCCACUCCGCCGGGCCGGCCUGGUGGACCAUGAUGAACGGCGUCGGCGGCGCGCUGUACGAGGAGGCGCACGCGUCGCCCCCAGGUGGCUCGCCCCCGACAGCGCCGGCCGCCGCGCCGCCAUCAGCCUCCAGCGCGUCGCCGGCCUCCGUUGGCUCCAACCCACCGCAGCCGCUGCACAUUCCGGCCAAGCGCUACGACCCCGAGCCGGGUGUCAUCCGGCACGCGCAGCAGCCCUGGGGAUACCCGCCCGACGCGCCGACUGCCUUCGAGCACCAGUACCCCGCUGCGCCCACCUACUAUAACCUGCCGGUCGAAAGGGAACGCAAGUCGCUGCCCUUCUGGCCUGCGAGCGGGGGUGACUACAAGCCUUACGCGGACGGCGGCUGUCAUCAGGGCUUCUCUCAGCCCUGCUGGAACUACCCGUAUGGAGCACCUCGCGGGGACCAGCCACUGCCGUAUGUGGGGGGUGAAGAGCGGCGCACGGCGGUCUCCGAAGCUUCUGGUUUCUCCCACGACGCGUACGGUCUCCGGAACUACGCGCCCGAGACGGUGUCCAGCGCACCUUACCCACCGCCCAGUGGACUACCCGGUUCCCUAUCGAUGUCGGUGGGCGUCGGUGUAGGCUGCGGCUCUUCGAACCCCCUGGACUGGACCGGGCAGGUGACGGUGCGCAAAAAACGCAAACCCUACUCCAAAUUCCAGACCCUCGAGUUGGAAAAGGAGUUUCUCUUCAACGCUUACGUCUCGAAACAAAAGCGAUGGGAGCUCGCAAGGAAUCUGAACCUCACGGAGAGACAGGUCAAGAUAUGGUUCCAGAACAGACGGAUGAAGAACAAGAAGAAUUCACAGCGACAAGCAGCCCAGGCGGCACAGAAUAAUAAUAACAAUUCGAACGCGAAUAACCACAACCACCACGGCGGUCAUCAUCACGCGCCGCACCACGUGGCGUUGCACCAUGCGCCGCCUGCCAAGCACCAUCAGUGACCCGCGCCCUUCUCUGGGACCUACCCGCUGCACCACGGUAUAGCCAGCUAAACGCGAGGACAGAUAUAGUGAUGUGUCAUGCAUGUACUUAAGGUUCCGAGGUUUUAUUCGUGUCCGGAGUGAACGUUGCUAUGCCGCUUCGUACGUAAAGACAACGAGUCCCAGAGAAUCUCAAAGUAAUAUUUAUCGUGCUGUCGGUUUGUGUAUAGUGUUAAUUACGAAUUGUUCUUGUAACUGUAACGAGACUUAGUACGUGAGCAGAUAACGAUUCCUGAUAUUAUUAAUAUCUAGUUAUAGAACGCUGAUUAUGUAUUUUGAAAAUUAUUUAAGUAAAUAUAAAUGUAAAAUUAAACAUGUCACCGAUGGAUUGUAGAUCCUAGACCUAGAUAGUUUGUCGCGAAGGGAUUUCUUGUAAUAUAUUACCUGAGACUGCUUUAUCGUUUUAUUCGUAUGCUGUUUGGUCGGUGGUUUAGUCUUUAAUCAGUUAACUUUUAUUUUUGUUACCAAAUUGUUGAAUUACUCGGGUCGCUUUGGUGGCAGUUAUAGAUAUGUUUGCAGCUUGUAAGAUGUCAACAGACUACAUCAUAGUUGCUGGCAACUUAUUGUUUAUAUUUUAUGCCGCUUUUUAAACAUUAAUGACAGUGAUUGCAGCCCGCAUUAUGAUCAAAUAUUUAUUACUGUU